CGAAAACAUUACGCCUUGCCCUUUAUCGCGACACUCCGACGACGACAGCAAGCUGCGCACGUGUGUUUGAGACGAUGAAGGGCAACUAACGCAUACAACGCUAUCUUCUAGAUAGAGGAGUUCAGGAAGGAAAACCCUGUCGAAGGGCGUUCUACCGAAGCGGUAAUAUUUCACGAUGUUUUUGUUGAGCACAAAGUCGCGUCCGGUUUUCUGUGGACUUUCUCGAUGUUCCAAGUCGUGGACUGCGUCUCGUCAGGCGUCAUCUCUCUACGGCGGACGACGCAUGGUGACCGUUCUACCGGGACACGGGAUCGGCCCGGAAAUGAUGACCCACGUCGAGCGCGUCUUCGCAGCAAGUAAUGUCCCGAUCGACUUUGAACGCGUGGACGUCGACGAUUCACCGGAAUCGAUAGACUACGCCCUGAAGGCGAUUCGGAGAAACGGUGUCGCCAUCAAGGGCAACAUCGAGACAGACGACCCGUUCAACGUGGAGCCGAGGAACCAGCUGCUGCGCCACAAGCUCCAACUGAACGUGAAUGUCGUCCGGUGUCGGAGCCAGCCAGGUGUCCGUACGCGUCACCGUGACAUUGACCUUGUCGUCGUUCGACAGAACACCGAAGGAGAGUACAGCUGUCUCGAGCAUGAGAGUGUUCCCGGUGUCGUUGAGAGCCUCAAGAUCAUCACGAGAGAGAAAAGCGCCGAAGUUGCCAAGUUCGCCUUUGAUUAUGCCAGGACGCACAAGCGCAAGAAGGUUACUAUUGUGCACAAGGCGAACAUCAUGAAGCUUUCCGACGGACUCUUCCUGCAGACGUGCCGCGAUGUUGGAAAGGGCUACCCAGAAAUCGAGCUUGACGACGUCAUUAUCGACAACUGCGCCAUGCAACUUGUCUACAACCCGUCAAGAUUCGACGUGAUGCUGGUGCCAAACCUGUACGGAAACGUAGUGGUCAACGUGGCUUGCGGUUUAGUGGGAGGACCUGGCAUCACGUCUGGGAGCAACUUCGGCAAGGAACACGCGGUGUUCGAAACGGCAACCCGUAACACGGGAGAGAAACUGGUGGGCAGGAACGUUGCGAACCCAACGGCUACACUCUUGGCAUCCGUGGAAAUGCUGAAGUAUCUGGGACUGAGAGACCAUGCUGUGGUUAUCGGGGACGCUAUUGAGAAAGCAAUGAACGAUGAUUGCAUUCAUACUCCAGAUUUGGGAGGUAUGGCCACGACUUCCGGAGUCGUAGAUUAUAUCGUGAUGGAGGUGCAGAGGAUUGCAGCUGUGCCUUAUGAUAUGCGAUCGCGUUACUAUGCUGCGUGAUCAUGGACUGUGGUGUAACUAAUGUGUUGUGUUAGUAAAAUUAUAAAUGGCUGUGAUCAUCGAUCGCAUGUUUUCAGUUGGA